UAACUCCAUAAUCCAAGCCCCAAAACCCGCCGGCCUUCCCAAAUCCCAAUCCCCCUUUCCCAAAUGUCUAUCAUCUACGACACCUCUCCUGUGCACUGCGCAGCCAAAGAAAAAAUCCCACUCCAACGCAUCAAAAAACUCAACAAAAAGCUCUUUUUCGCUCUCUCCUCCCUCCUCCUCUCCCUCCUCUUCCUCUUCCUCCUCUUCUUUCUAAUCCUCCACCCGUCAAAACCCCGAUUCCACCUCCACGACGCCUCUCUCUACGACUUCAGCCUCUCCUCCCCGCCCCUCCCUCGCCUCCUCAACUCCACCAUCGAAGCCACCAUCGCCUCCAACAACCCCAACACCCACGUCGGCGUCUAUUACGACCACCUGCGCGCUUAUGCCGUCUACAAGGGACAACAGAUCAGUGCUGAAGCAGAGCUGCCGCCUUUCUACCAAGGCAACGGCGACACCGAUAUCCUCUCUGCUUCGCUUGUGGGUGUCGGCAUGCCGGUGGCGAUGUCAUUGGGGUAUGAGGUUGUGAGGGAUCAGAUGAACGGGAAGAUGGUUCUGAGUAUUCGACUGGAUGGUGUGAUGAGAUGGAAGGUGGGGAGUUGGGUGUCUGGGAAGUAUAGGUUUGAUGUGGAUUGUGUGGCUGUGAUUGGUUAUGGCGGUGCUGGCGGCGGCGGCGUGACCUACAAAUGCAAACAAGCUUCUUUAAAAAAUAACAUUUGUAAGUAUCGAUUAGUUUAA